AUGGUUGCUUCCCACGUGAGGAAGAUGACCUCUUCAUAUACCACCACUACCACCACCAUCACAGAACCUCCCUCUGAAAGCCUGCAGAAGACAGUGCCCCUGUACCUGGAGGAAGACAUCCGCCCUGAAAUGAAAGAAGACAUAUAUGACCCCAGCUACCAGGAUGAGGAGGGGCCCCCACCCAAGCUGGAGUACGUCUGGAGGAACAUCAUCCUCAUGGCACUGCUGCACUUGGGGGCCCUGUAUGGGCUUGUGCUGGUUCCCUCAAGCAAGGUCUACACCUUGCUCUGGGCGUUUGUCUACUAUGUGAUCAGUAUUGAAGGCAUUGGAGCUGGAGUCCACCGCCUGUGGAGCCACCGAACCUACAAAGCUCGGCUGCCCCUGCGGAUCUUCCUCAUCAUCGCCAACACCAUGGCUUUCCAGAAUGACGUGUAUGAAUGGGCCCGAGACCACCGCGCCCACCACAAAUUCUCAGAAACGUACGCUGACCCUCACGAUUCCCGCCGUGGCUUUUUCUUCUCUCACGUGGGCUGGCUGCUUGUGCGCAAACACCCGGCUGUCAAAGAGAAGGGUGGAAAACUGGACAUGUCUGACCUAAAAGCCGAGAAGCUGGUCAUGUUCCAGAGGCGGUACUACAAGCCCGCCAUCCUGCUGAUGUGUUUCAUCCUGCCCACGUUUGUGCCCUGGUAUUUCUGGGGUGAAGCUUUCGUGAACAGCUUGUGUGUUAGCACCUUCUUGCGAUACACUUUGGUGCUCAAUGCCACCUGGCUGGUGAACAGUGCUGCCCACCUCUAUGGGUAUCGCCCCUACGACAAGAACAUUGAUCCCAGGGAGAACGCCCUGGUUUCGCUGGGAUGUCUGGGCGAGGGCUUCCACAACUACCACCAUGCCUUCCCCUAUGACUACUCUGCCAGUGAGUACCGCUGGCACAUCAACUUCACCACAUUCUUCAUCGACUGCAUGGCUGCCCUGGGCCUGGCGUAUGACCGGAAGAAAGUGUCUAAGGCCGCUGUCUUGGCCAGGAUUAAGAGAACUGGAGAUGGGAGCUGCAAGAGUGGCUGAGUCUGGCGUUGUCUUUGUUUCUAUUCCCAAAGCCAUCUGAACAGAGAUUUAAUGAUGUUGCUUAAAUCCUGAAAAAUACCAUCUAUGUUCUAAAGUGUCUCAUUUCAAGACUGUAUUCUUGUAAAAUAUUCUAAUGUUAAAUAAAAGGCAAAUCUCUCUUUUAU